AGUAUGGCUUCUGCCAACUCCACUAAGAUCUCAUGGCGACUGCAGGAGUUCGAGGCUCACUCCAGCAGCGUCUCCUGUCUGUCUCUGGGUCAGAGCUCCGGCCGCCUGCUGGCCACAGGGGGAGAGGACUGCCGGGUGAACAUCUGGGCCGUGAGCAAAGCCAACUGCAUCAUGAGUUUGACUGGUCACAAGAGCCCGGUGGAGUGUGUCCAGUUCAACAUGUCAGAGGAGCAGGUGGUUGCUGGUUCCCAGUCCGGAUCAAUACGAGUCUGGGACCUGGAGGCUGCAAAGAUUUUAAGGACUCUGAUGGGACAUAAAGCAAACAUCACCAGUCUGGGCUUCCAUCCGUAUGGAGAGUUCCUCGCCUCCAGCUCCAUGGACACAAACAUCAAGCUGUGGGACGUUCGAAGGAAAGCUUAUGUGUUCAAAUACAUGGGUCACACUGAGGCCGUCAGAAGUCUGGUCUUCAGUCCCGAUGGGAAGUGGUUGGCUUCAGCCAGUGACGACUGCACCAUCAAGCUGUGGGACCUGAACCUGGGCAAGACCAUCACAGAGUUCAAAUCUCACUCAGGCCCCGUCAACAUCCUCCAGUUCCACCCCAACGAGUACCUGCUGGCUUCAGGCAGCUCCGACAGGACCGUCAAGCUGUGGGAUCUGGAGAAAUUUACCAUGAUUGGUUCGAUGGAGGGAAACACGUCUGCAGUCAGGUGUGUAAGUUUCAGUCCGGACGGCACCUGUCUCUUCAGCGGCGGCACAGACUCUCUGCGGGUCUUUGGCUGGGAGCCUGACCGCUGCCUCGAUGUGGUGACGGUCGGCUGGGGCAAAGUCUCUGACCUGGCAGUUUGCAACCAGCAGCUGAUCGGCGUGUCUCACCAGCUCUCCAGCGUGUCCUCGUACGUGGUCGAUCUCAAGCGGGUGAAGAAGAGCGGCGGCUCUGUGAUCAAGGGAAUCAUCCAGGACUACCAGCCGCUCACAGAGCCCAAAGAGCCCAAAGGAGCCGCUCUGCGAAAGAGCUACGACAGACCCACGACCACCUGCAGCUCCCAGAGGGUGAAGCAGAGGUCCGACUCUGAGAGGCGGAGCCCUGAAGGUCAGAGGCGGAGCCCCAGUGAGGACGAGGCCGAGGAGAAGGCCUCGUCAGCUGAGAUCCACAACGCUGAAGACUUCAAGGAAAUCUUUCAGCCCAAGACCGCCAUCUCUCGGACUCCUCCCAAGGUGUCGGAGCCUUUUCCUGCUCCUCCAGAAGACGAGACGAUCUUGGCCAUCGGGCGGCAGCUGAGGGACAUGACGUCUCUGUUUCCUGACAAGCUGCAGGCUCCUCCGUUGGCGUCCUCGACUCCCGUCCAGCGGGUGGAGCCCACCGUCGUCUCCAGCUCCAAACAUCCGGCCCCGUCAGCAGGGGACCCCGCCGCCCCCGCCCCCCCCCCUGCUCAGCCUCGCGUCACCACAGUGAAAACCAAACCACUUCCUAAAGUCAUCCUGAGCAGCAGGAACGAGCCCAUCGGACUCAACAUGGACGACUACCUGCUGACGUCCCCCAACAACCGACCUGGAGCCCUGAGCGAUGACGAGGUUCUGUCCCAGAUGAGAAAAGGUCACGACACCAUGUGUGUGAUGCUGAGCAGACGCAACAUGAACCUGGAGACGGUCCUGGCCGUGUGGAACCGACAGGGCGUCAAGAGCGCCAUGGACGCCGCUGUCUCCAUGAAUGACUUGUCCAUCGUCGUGGACCUCCUCAACAUCCUCAACCUCCAGCCGUCUUUGUGGAAACUGGACGUUUGUACGACGGUUCUUCCUCAAGUCGACAAACUGCUGCAGAGUAAAUACGAGAGCUACAUCCAGACGGGCUGCACGUCUCUGAAGCUCAUCAUGAAACACUUCUGGGGUUUGAUCUCAGACACGCUGAGGGCGACGCCGUCGGUCGGAGUCGACAUCACACGAGAGGAGCGACACCAGAAGUGCCGCGCGUGCUGCAAGCAGCUGAAGAACCUCAGCAACAUCGUGAAGAACAAGGCGACGCAGGUGGGGCGGCACGGCAGCACCUUCAUCGAGCUGCAGCUGCUCCUGGCGCCGCUCGACGACUCGCUCUGAGCUGCAGCGAGCGCUCCACUCCCGCUGACCCGGGACCAGCUGAUCAGCAGCAGGAGACGAAAUCUGAGGAAGAGACUCCGACACAAAUCCAGCAGCGAGUCGCCGAGUGAAGAAGAAACACGUUAAUGAAAGUGUUGCUUAAAGACGUUUGUCGUCCUGGAACUGACUCAGAGGAGAAAUCUCUAACUUCUCACAAUCAGAGAAGAGGGACGUGAUCACUGCUGAAACAAAGUUCAUCUGAGACGAGUCCACACGAUGAACCUCACCAGACCACGAGUUAUUUAUCAAUGUUUCUCGUCCCAGAAAAUGAAAACUGAUUUCAAAUCACAGAACAGAAUAUUUUAUGCAGCAAUGUUAAAAGGAGUUAGACAUUUCAGUAAAUGUUUUCUAUCGUUAGCAUAAAGACGAGAAACAUUAGCUCCAAACUAUGUUUACGCUAGUUUCUACGCUAAGAUACGUUUUGUUAAUGGUAAUUUGUCAAUAGUUAUUUAAAUAAAGUUUGUAAAACAAU